AUGCCGGCUUCACCGUCAGAAAAAGAAAAAGUUCAAGAAAUAUCAUUGACUUGUCGAUUGUGCGACAACACAUUUUAUCUACCAAAAAUUUUGCCGUGUUGUGAUAUCAGUUGUGAGUUUUUUAAAUUAAUUUUUUGAAAAAAAAUUAUAAUAAUAAAUAAAAAUUUAGGCUGCCACCAGUGUUUGAAAAGCUUGCAAGAAAAUAAAAGAGGCUGUCCAGUUUGCGAAAAACCCUUCAAACUUCAAGAAUUGAGAACAAAUCAAAUUAUUCAAGAUAUUAUAACGCGUUUUAAACCAGCUGUGAUUAUCGAAAAACGAUUGGAGAAUUUUCAACAAUAUCCACAUCUUCAGACAAAAAUUGUGAAAAGAGAAUUGCUUGAUCAACUUGCACAAAGUAUUGAUAUCGAUGAGCAAAUUUCUUUUUUUGUUUGUUAUGAUCCAAAUGUCGCAAUCGUGAGUUAUUUUAAAAGCAUUUCAAAAAAAUUCAAACCUCCCGCGCUAUACGCGUAAACCGGAGCAUCGUUGUUUUCUUUUUAUUUUUUCGCAAAAGUUUUCAGCUUUUUUUUUUGAAAUGGCUCGUCAAUUCAAAAAAUAAAUAAAUUGAACCUUCCCACGUAAAUCUGAAUUAAUUGAAAUAUUUUUUCAGCGACCAUAUGCUUCAACUUCAAAAACUCCCGAAUAUCAAAUCCAAAAAAUUCCUACAAUCAACUCAUUUCAAAGAGGUUAUCGAUGCAAAGCUUCAACUCCAAUGUUCGUAAUUCGACAAUUAAUGAUGCAAAAAUUCCAACUCGAUGAAUCAAUCGCAAGAAUUGCGUUUGUUUGUGAUGGAGCUGAACUCACAGAUAACAUAACUCUUCGAACAGUCGCAUUUCGCCGAAAUUCUCCGUCAACAACCAAAAUGUUAAUCAAUAUGCUAAUAUUAAUGAAGAAUAAUAUACGAAAGCAAUCGCCGACAUCAGAAAUAAAAAGAAAUAGUAGUGAAAAUGAUAUAAUGGCUGAUAAUACAGCAAAUGAGGAAAAAGAAGAUGGUCCACCAAUUUUAGAAGAGGAAAUUAUGCCAUCACUCGAUGUUGAGAUAACAAAACCGGAAUCUGAACCUACUCCGCCACCGAAUAAAGAGCAACCGAAAAUUGAAUUGCCUGCUCCAAUCUCGAAGAAUAUUGCUCAAGUGUUUCCGUUUCCAAUUCCGCAAAAUCAAAGAACUCCUCCAAAUAUUCCGCAACAACAACAACAACAAUCGAAUUCAAGGCCAACAAGUCGCGAAAAAAUGGUGAGUAUUUGAGGAUUUUUCAAAUAGAACCCAGAGUUUUCAAAAAAAAAAUUCAAUAAUUUUCACAAAAAAAUAAUUUUUCAGACACCACCAAAUUUGCCAAACGUCAAAUUCAAUCAAACUGCAACAAAUCACGCAGUCGAAUGGCUCUUCAUGCGAGCACUCGAAACUAAAAAAGACCCAUCAAAAUUCCUCGAUGAUUACUACAUAACUGCUGGCGGACCUCAACCAAACACAACAAUCUCACCUGAACAAGAAUUCAUCUUCAAAUUUCGAAAAGAAUGCGAUUCGAAAGGUGUUGUGAUUCCAACAAUCACACCUGAACUUCAAGCGAGUUUAUUUGCACAAAUGUUUGAAAAACAUCAAAAUAUUCAACGAAUGAAGAUGAUUGAGGAGAGAAAAUUGAAUAAACGAAGAUCUUUUGAUGCGACUCAAGAUGGUUCGGCGGGAAAAAGAAUCAAGAAAACUGAUGUAUCUGCAUAUGUUGUGACAACUCCAAUUAUGAAUAAAUUACCAUCUGAAACAACUAAAAUAACAGUUACAAAAGUUGCGGAAGAUAAAAGAGAUCAAGAAGUAACAAGUACAAGUGAACUCGAAAAAACUAUCAAUUCGAGUGACAGGGUUAGUUUUUCGGGGCCAAAAGUAUCCCAAAUUUUUUGCAAAAAAAUUCUUGGAAAAAAAACAACCAAAAAUGUUUUUCAAGGAAAAUAAUUUCUAAUCUACUUGCUAUUAGAAAUUUUCUCAUGAUUCAUUUUCAGCCAUCGCCACUUCUCCUCCCAACUGCUGAAAGUAUCGAUGCAUUAACCCAAGCAAGAAAAUCAUCAAAAACUCUUGGAAAAACUUUGGCCGAAUCAAUGCGUCGAAGUGGUGGCACAUCAUCACAACAACAAACAAAUACACCAUCUUUUAUGAUCAACACACCAAAAGAAGAAAAUGUGACGUCAUCCACCAACACAAAUGUUUCGCCGAUUGAAGAGAAACCAAAAAUUUACCUUACAAAUAUGUAG